AUGGAGGACAUAGGUGCGCAGGUAGCUCCUCCAAUUUUCUUUCAGUCGACGCUUUCCAGUCGAUUUUGUGAAGCGCCUCCCAUGUCAAGGAAGCGUGAUCUUUCCUAUCAAAUCCCGAAUUUCCAUCACCAGAGCCUCUCCCAGCAUCAGUUUGUUCAGAAUCCCAGGGACAAUUGGAACCCCAAAAGUUGGGAAUGGGAUCCCGUGAGGUUCCUCGCCAAGCCUUUAGAUUCUGAGACUCUUCAAUUGGGAACUGCCACUACUGACCAAAUGAAGAAAGACCAAGGAUUGAAGAAGAAGAACACUGUGGAGGAGGACGACGACAGCCUUCGCUUGAAUCUUGGUGGGGGCUUGAACUCUGUGGAGGAGCCUGUGUCCCGGUCUAACAAAAGGGUCCGGUCUGGAUCUCCGGGUAGUAGCAGCUAUCCCAAGUGUCAGGUUGAUGAUUGUGAGGAGGAUCUGACAAAUGCAAAGGACUACCACCGCCGUCACAAAGUGUGUGAACUGCAUAGUAAAUCCUCUAAAGCUCUUGUGGGGAAGCAGAUGCAAAGGUUUUGCCAACAGUGCAGCAGGUUCCACCCCUUGUCGGAGUUUGAUGAGGGGAAGAGGAGCUGUAGGCGCAGGCUUGCUGGGCAUAACCGCCGAAGAAGGAAAACUCAGCCAGAUGAUGUUACUUCAGGCCUGUUGCUUCCUGGAAACCGGGAAAAUACCAGUGGUGGGAAUUUGGACAUUGUAAGCUUGUUGACUGCUUUGGCACGCACACAAGGGAAAAAUGAGGAGAAAAGCAUUAAUAAUCUCUCUGUACAAGAUAGAGACCAGCUUAUUCAGGUUCUUAGCAAGAUCAAUUCGCUGCCUUUGCCUAUGGACAUUGCUGCAAAGCUGCCCAGUGUUGGAAGUUUAAUUAGGAAGAAUGCAGAGCAACCUUCAUCAGAAUGUCAAAACAGAUUGAGUGGGAACACAUCUCCAUCAACCAUGGACUUGCUUGCUGUCCUUUCAACCACUCGUACACCAUCUGCUUCUGAUACCCACGCCGUAUUAUCUCAGAGAAGCAGCCAGAGCAGUGACAGUGAGAAAACUAGAUUGACGUAUGCUGACCAAGCAUCUGGUCCCAAUUUACGAAAGGUGACUUCCAUGAAGGUUACUGUCACUGGGGGAGAGAGAAGUAGUACCAGUUGCCAGUCUCCUGUUGAAGACUCGGAUUGCCAGGUUGAAGACACUCGUGCUAAUUUACCAUUACAGUUAUUUAGCCCCUCUCCUGGAGAUGAUGGUCCUCCAAAAUUGUCAUUGUCUAAGAAGUACUUUUCAUCUGACAGCAGUAACCCAAUGGACGAUAGAUCUCCAUCCUCUUCUCCUCCACUUGCACAGAAGCUGUUCUCUGUGCCGGGCAUAAUUGAACCCAUGAAGCCUGAGAAGGUGUUUGUUGGCAGAGAGGCCAACGUAAAAGUUGAAGGUGCCAAAGCGCACGGUGGUAUCUUACCUUUAAGGCUGUUUGGAGGGUCAAAUGUAGGAACUGACCAUACUUCAUAUCAAAAUUUCCGCCAUCAAGCUGGGUACACUUCAUCUUCUGGGUCGGAUCAUUCGCCGCCUAGUUUGAAUUCCGAUCCUCAGGAUCGGACAGGGCGAAUUAUUUUCAAGCUAUUUGACAAGGAUCCUAGUCAUUUUCCUGGGACGCUGCGAACCCAGAUUUACAAUUGGCUUUCGAAAAGCCCAUCUGAAAUGGAGAGCUAUAUCAGGCCUGGCUGUGUGGUUCUUUCGAUUUAUGUAAACAUGUCUGCUACUGCCUGGAAGCAACUUGAAGGAAACCUUCUUCAGCAUGUUGGUUCCCUGGUUCAAGAUUCAGAUUCUGAUUUUUGGAGGAAAGGGAGGUUUCUAGUUCAGACUGACAGGCAAUUGGCAUCAUAUAAAGAUGGGAGGAUUCGUCUAUGUAAAUCCUGGAGAUCGUGGAGUUCCCCAGAGCUGAUCUCAGUGUCUCCUUUGGCAGUUGUUGGUGGGCAGGAAACCUCUCUUACUUUGCGAGGAAGAAAUCUGGCUAACCCGGGCACCAAGAUUCAUUGCAUGUAUAUGGGUGGCUAUGAGUCAAAGGAAGUCACCAGACAAUCAUAUCACAAAAACUCAUUUGAGGAGGUUAAGUUGGGCCAUUUUAAAAUUCGUGGUGCAUCUCCUGCUGUUCUAGGUCGCUGCUUCAUUGAGGUGGAAAAUGGCUUCAGGGGCAACAGUUUUCCUUUGAUAAUAGCCGAUGCUUCUAUUUGUAAAGAACUGAGCCUCCUUGAAUCUGAAAUUAAUGAAGAAGCCAAAGCAUGUGAUCUGAUUUUGGAAGAUGUCACCCAUGAUUUUGGGGGGCCAAGAUCAAAGGAAGAAAUUAUUCACUUCCUAAAUGAAGUUGGAUGGCUAUUCCAAAAGAAGAAUAUCUCCUCUCUUCCUGAUGCUCCUAAAUAUUCAGUAAGCCGGUUCAAGUUUUUACUCAUAUUCUCUGUUGAAAGGGACUACUGUGCACUGGUCAAAAUACUGUUAGACAUGUUGGUGGAUACAAACUUGGAUAGGAAUGGCCUAUCUGAGGGGACAUUGGAGAUGCUGUCUGAGAGUCAACUCUUAAAUCGGGUUGUAAAAAGGAGGUGCAGAAAGAUGGCUGACUUGCUAAUCCAUUAUUCUAUUAUUGGCAAUGAGGAUGCCAUGAAGAAGUAUAUAUUUCCUCCGAAUCUCGAGGGACCUGGUGGUAUUACACCUCUUCAUUUGGCUGCUUGCACAUCUGGUUCAGAUGAUAUGAUUGAUUCUUUGACAAAUGACCCACAAGAGAUUGGGUUGACCUGUUGGGAUUCCCUUCUUGAUUCAAAUGGGCUGUCUCCAUCUGGUUAUGCUCUGUUAAGAAAUAAUCUCUCUUACAACAAGCUUGUUGCUCACAAGCUUGCUGACAGAAGAAAUGGUCAAGUUUCCAUGACAAUUGGAGAUGAGACAGAGCAAACAGGCUCUGCACUAAGUCAAGAACCACAAUUCAAACAAGGAAGCCUAUCUUGUGCUAAAUGUGCAAUUGCGGCAGCAAAGUAUAGUAGGAGGAUUCCAGGCUCGCAAGGAUUGCUUCACCGCCCCUAUAUUCAUUCGAUGCUUGCUAUUGCUGCUGUCUGUGUCUGUGUGUGCCUGUUCUUCCGAGGUGCUCCAGACAUCGGUUUAAUAGCUCCCAUUAAGUGGGAGAAUUUGGAAUUUGGCACAAUUUAGUACUGAUGAGGGAAAGUUUAAUGAGUAAUAAUUGUGAAUCAAAGAAGAAAGUAACAAGCAUGGGGCAGGUUACUGUGUCCGCUGUAGAUAACUCUUAUUUUUGCUGGUGCAGUUGCUUCAGAUAUCAAAAAUGUGAUGAGCUGAUAGAUGCAUUAAUAAAGGGGUGUAGGUUGCGAAUGAGAGAGCUUUGCCAUGGACACAGAUGUGCUGCUAUAGGUCUGAAUGGGAAUCCAUACUGGUGCUGCUGCAUAUUACUUCUUUUCGGACCUGAGAUUUGGAAGUAAAUGAGUGACUUCUGGAUGAUACAGAAGAUAAAAAAAAAAAAAAAAAAGAGAGAGAAGAGGCAGAAGGUUGAAGCCAUUGCAAGUGGAUGAAACUUCUUAUGAGCAUUGAAGACUUGAUCUUUAGGGCACAGACAGACAAUGCAAAAAAUCUGGACAAAUAUACCAUUAUAGAUAUUUUUAAUUUAGUUAAUUUAUGUAUUUUGUUUUCAACUCUUACAGUUCAGGGAAGCUGCCAAGUGCUACUGACUUUGUAAUUGUUUAAUCGUUGUUAAGUAACUAGAAUGUUAUAUGAUUGGAUAGUGAAACACCAUUGCAACCUAUCGUCUAAA